GUCGCCGGGACCGGCGUUUCCGUGCAGCGAGGGGGUUCGGAUUUGCAGCCGCCAGGAGCAGCCAUGUCUGUGCAGGUGGCAGCCCCCGGAAGCACAGGGAUGGGCCCAGAGCGCCUGAACCCCGAGGAACUGGUGCGGCAGACACGACAGGUAGUACAGGGGCUGGAGGCCCUGCGGGCAGAGCACUACAGUCUAGCUGGGCACUUGGCGGAGGCUCUGGCUGGACCGGGGCCUGUGGCUGGAGGGGAACUGCUGGAGGAGAAGCAACAGGUUGUGAACCACUCGCUGGAGGCCAUCGAGCUGGGGUUGGGCGAGGCCCAGGUGCUGCUGGCCCUGUCCGCACAUGUGGGUGUGCUAGAGGCUGAGAAGCAGAGGCUGCGGGCGCAGGCGCGGAGGCUAGCCCAAGAGAACACCUGGCUUCGAGAGGAGCUGGAGGAAACACAGAGGCGACUGCGGGCCAGUGAGGAGGCUGUGGCCCAGCUAGAGGAGGAGAAGAGCCACCUCCAGUUCCUGGGUCAGCUGCGGCAGUAUGACCCACCCGAGGAGAGCCAGAGGCCGGAGUCCCCCCCUCGCAGAGACAGCCUGGCUUCUCUGUUCCCCAGUGAAGAGGAGGAAAGGAAAGGUCCCGAGGCAGCUGGAGCUGCAGCUGCGCAACAAGGUGGUUAUGAGAUCCCAGCUCGCCUGCGGACCCUGCACAACCUGGUGAUCCAGUAUGCUGGCCAGGGCCGCUACGAGGUGGCAGUACCACUAUGUCGUCAGGCCUUGGAGGACCUGGAGCGGAGCUCGGGCCACUGCCACCCUGACGUGGCCACUAUGCUUAACAUCCUGGCACUGGUAUACAGGGACCAGAACAAGUACAAGGAGGCCACGGACCUUCUUCACGACGCCCUACAAAUCCGGGAGCAGACGCUAGGGCCUGAACACCCUGCAGUGGCCGCCACCCUCAACAACCUGGCUGUCCUCUAUGGGAAACGCGGACGUUACCGGGAGGCAGAGCCCUUGUGCCAGCGUGCCCUGGAGAUCCGUGAGAAGGUCCUCGGUGCCGACCACCCUGAUGUGGCCAAGCAACUCAACAACCUGGCCUUGCUCUGCCAGAACCAGGGCAAGUUCCAGGAUGUGGAGAGGCACUACGCGCGGGCCCUGAGCAUCUAUGAGGCCCUGGGGGGGCCGCAAGACCCCAAUGUGGCCAAGACCAAGAACAACCUGGCCUCAGCCUACCUGAAACAGAACAAGUACCAGCAGGCAGAGGAGCUGUACAAGGAGAUCCUCAGCCAGGAGGCCCUGCCUGCCCCACUUGGUGAGACCACCCCACUGCUCCUGCCUACCCUCCUGCGUGGCGCUUGUUACCCCACUACCAUGUCCCUCUGUUCCACAGGCGCCCCCCAAGCAGGCACAGCAGGUGAUGCACAGCAGCAGGUAUGCAGGCUCCACCCUGGGUCCUUGUGGGCCGGGUCUGGGUGGGCCCACCAUGUUCCCACGUGUCACUGUGUCAUCCCCAGGUCCUGCGCAGAAGCAGCUCCUUCUCCAAGCUCCGAGAGUCCAUCCGGCGGGGUAGUGAGAAGCUGGUUUCCCGCCUCCGAGGGGAGGGCUUGGCAGGGGCUGCAGGGUGAGUGCUGGGUGAGGUCAGCAGCCUGUCAGCCUUCUGGGGCGCCUGUCUGUGAGAGCCAAGGCCCUGCAGUCCUUCUUGACUCACUCUUCUCCUCUCAUCCUCUGAAGGAUGAAGAGAGCCAUGUCACUCAACAUGCUGAACGUGGAUGGUCCAAGGGCUGCCAGGACGCAGCUCUCAACCCGGCACUUGAAUGAGGCCUCUCGGACCCUCAGCGCCAGCACCCAGGACUUGAGCCCGCGCUAAGUGGACUGGCUGCAGUGGCCACAGCUGCUCAGGAAUCAGGGAAGGGCGGGCCGGUGGUUAUCUGGUGCCCUGCCUU